UCCGUAAUCGUUGGUCGUCCAUCGUGUAGUCAAACAUGAGUGUCGUGACGAUAUGUUAUCGUUUCGUUGUAGCAAAUGCGCUAACUUUAUUAUACACAGCGAAAGCACUACUGGGUAUUUUAAUUAAUAUCGUUAUAAAUCCGUUUAAAAAUCCAUGGGCGAAUAAGUUAAAUUUAGUACCACCGUCGAAUCUCACGGAUCCAAAAUAUGGUGUUCACAAGUAUAUCAAAGUUAAUGAUAUCAAAUUACAUUACGUGGAGAGCGGUGAUUCUUCCAAACCGUUGAUGCUGUUCAUACACGGUUUUCCUGAGUUUUGGUAUUCGUGGCGGCAUCAAAUAGUACAUUUUAAUAAAGACUAUCGAGUUGUUGCCGUGGACAUGAGAGGCUACGGGGAUUCCGAGAAACCUGACGGAGUAUCUUCAUAUAAAAUAGAAUAUCUUGUUGAUGACAUCAAAGAACUUAUACGUGCAUUGGGUCAUGAAAAAUGUAUCCUGGUAUCUCAUGACUGGGGCGGAGUGAUUGCUUGUAAGCUCCGUGAAACUUAUCCUGAAGUUUUACAUGCUCUCGUUGUGUUGUCGAGUGGAUCUAAAGAUGUUUGGUUUCGUCAAAUUUGGUCAACGAACGAACAGAGAAAGAAAUCUGGAUACGUGUUUAUGUUUCGAGCACCGAUAGUACCAGAGUUGUUAUUGCAGAUGAAUAAUUUACAAUAUUUAGAUAGUAUAAUGCUCGUUAAGGGCAAAGAUACUAUUACUAAAGAAGAUAUGGAAUGCUACAAGUAUUGGUUUGGAAAACAAACGGGUUUUACAGCACCUCUCAAUUAUUAUCGGGCGAAUUUUUCUUACUCCUGGGAAGAAAAUUUGUAUGGAGAAAAUGUACCGUUUUUAUUGGCCAUCGGAGAGAAUGAGAAGUACAUAAGUCAUUCAUCUCAAGAUUUAAUGAAGACGAGAUAUACAACUAUAGAAACGGUAACUGUCGAAAAAAGUGGGCACUUCAUGCAGCAAGAGGAACCCGAAAAAGUUAAUAAGCUUGUUCGAGAUUUCUUGCAGAAGUACAACCUCUAAUGAAAUAUUAAUUGUAUUUAAAUAAAAUAAAUGUUUACUUUUUAAUUUUGUUAAGUUCUUUAAAAUUAUGACAUAUAUUUUAUUGCGACAUAACAUCUUCCUGUAUCAAAAAACUUCAUGUUAAAUUAAGAUGUUUUAUUAUUAGCUUUAAAUAAAGUUUUUUUUUUAUUUU